AUGCAAGCAGCAAAACAUCUACUCGGGUCAAUUGUCAUUGCGUCACGUCUUGCACUACGACAGUCGUCAGCCAUGGGCGCUAUGGCUGUCCGAACGAAGAGUACCAAGGUCCAAAGUUCAUCAGGAUGUGGUUCACCUAGUCACUUAAAGAACAUCGGAUUUGACCUCCCAUUUUGGGAUUCGACAUCAUCUAGUAAUCGUGAGUCAACGCUAAAACCCCCAUCGGUUGGCUGUGGAUCGUCACCGAAACCUCCGGCUGGUGGCUGCGGUUCACCACCUAAACCUCCGUCUGGUGGCUGUGGAUCGCCACCAAAACCUCCAUCUGGAGGCUGUGGAUCGCCACCAAAACCUCCGUCUGGUGGCUGCGGAUCACCACCUAAACCUCCUGCUGGUGGCUGCGGAUCACCACCUAAACCUCCGUCUGGUGGCUGUGGAUCGCCACCAAAAACUCCAUCUGGAGGCUGUGGAUCGCCACCAAACCUCGUCUGUGGCUGCGGAUCACCACCGAAACCUCCGGCUGGUGGCUGCGGAUCACCACCGAAACCUCCGGCUGGUGGCUGCGGAUCACCACCUAAACCUCCGACAGGUGGCUGUGGAUCGCCACCAAAACCUAAAUCUGGUGGCUGUGGAUCGCCACCAAAACCUCCAUCUGGUGGCUGUGGAUCACCACCCAAACUUACGUCUGGAGGCUGUGGUUCGCCACCGACACCACCAACUGGUGGCUGUGGAGCGCCACCAAAACUUAUGUCCGGGGGUUGUAGAUCGCCACCAAAAAUUACGUCUGGAGGCUGCGGAUCGCCACCAAAUCCUUCACUUGUUGGCUGUGGAGCGCCACCAAAACUGACGUCCGGGGGUUGUGGAUCACCAAAAAAACUCAAAUCUGGGGGCUGCGGAUCACCACCAAAUCCUCUAACUGUUGGCUGUGGAGCGCCACCAAAACUAACGUCUGGAGGCUGCGGAUCACGGCCAAAACCUCCUACAGGUGGCUGUGGUUCGCUACCAAAACCUCCGUCUGGUGGCUGCGGAUCACCACCUAAACCUCCGGCUGGUGGCUGCGGAUCACCACCGAAACCUCCGUCUGGUGGCUGUGGAUCGCCACCAAAAACUCCAUCUGGAGGCUGUGGAUCGCCACCAAAACCUCCGUCUGGUGGCUGCGGAUCACCACCGAAACCUCCGGCUGGUGGCUGCGGAUCACCACCGAAACCUCCGGCUGGUGGCUGCGGAUCACCACCUAAACCUCCAACUAGUGGCUGUAGUUCCCCACCAAAACCGCCAACUGGUGGCUGUGGAUCACCACCGAAACCUCCGGCUGGUGGCUGCGGAUCACCACCUAAACCUCCAACUAGUGGCUGUAGUUCCCCACCAAAACCGCCAACUGGUGGCUGUGGAUCGUCGCCGAAACCUCAGACAGGUGGUUGUGGAUCGCCACCAAAACCUCCAACAGGUGGUUGUGGAUCGCCACCGAAACCUCCGACAGGUGGCUGUGGUUCGACACCAAAACCUCCGACAGGUGGCUGUGGAUCGCCACCAAAACCUCCGACUGGUGGCUGUGGAUCACAACCGAAACCUGCAUCUGGUGAUUGUGAGUCUACCCAGAAAUCUAAGAAUGGAGGAUUUUGGUCAAUGUGGAAAUCCUCGCCGAAACCUCCGACUGGAGGAUGUACAUCACCGCCGAAACCCCCAUCUGGUGGAUGUGGGUCAACCCAAAAACCUAAAUCUGGAAGUUGUGGAUCGUCACCGAAACCUCCGACUGGAGGAUGUGGGACAUCUAAGAAACCACCUUCUAGUGGCUGCGGAUCACCACCGAUACCAGUACCGUCAGUCAAAAAAUAA